AUGCAAGAAGGAAAUAAAUUACCACUGAAAAGAGUGGAACUUUCAUUGACAAAGUUCAAUGAAGUGGCUAUACCACAUCAUUUAAACCUCCUUCGACAACACAAAGCAAAUAUCAUCAAGUAUGAGGAGGCGUGUGACUACGCCCGCGUCAGGUCAGAGCAGACUCACGCUCGUCGUGUCGCGAGUCAGCUGCGGACUCUGCUUGGAGAGCUGGACUCUCUCCGGAGACAGGUCAGACCCGAAGAUGUGGCUGAGUUCGACGGACGAACGCAGAGGUCACGGGACCUCACGCUGAGGGCUAUCAUGGACUAUCUGGGUAAGGAAGUGACUUGGUUAGUGUUAGGACUUGCCGAGGACUUCUGA